AUGAAUUCUACACUACAAAGGGAGGACUCGGCACAGGACGCCUACCACUACCCCAAAUCGCUUCCAGAUAACGGAUGGUUUCGGUUACUGAGCAUCGCACCUUCAAAUGAACCGUCCCGGCCUCUUGUGUGUCGCCUAGAACCUUACAAAAUGGACAUUGCACCUCCUUAUGAAGCACUAUCGUACACUUGGGGCCGUCAAAAACCAGAAAAUUCGAUUGAGUUGAACGGACGCUUGUUCUUGGUUCGGCCAAACCUCCAUGCCGCACUGUUAGCACUUCGACGGCCAGAUGAGAAUCGAUUUUUAUGGGUUGAUGCGAUUUGUAUUAACCAGCAAAAUCAAAGAGAACGAACUCGUCAAGUAUGGCAAAUGAAGCAAGUUUAUCGCGACGCUUUAAGGGUCAAGGUUUGGUUGGGUGAUGCCACGAAAGGGUCGCAACGCGGAGUCGAGAUUUUGCGACAUUUUGAGCAUGUUUCCCAGACGGCAACAGAUCAGCACGUAAAAUCCUUUCAAGACUUUCAAAAUCUCUAUGCGGAUGUGAUUCCUUUGAUGAGUCGCUUUGAGAGCGCAUCGGAAUCCGAGGAAGUAUUUGAACUCCUCCGACAUCCCUGGUGGACAAGAGUUUGGACAUUACAGGAAGGGGUAUUGGGCCAAGAUGUUGAUUGUAUAUGUGGUCAAAAGUCAGUCCCCAUUGAAUGCUUCUCGAGCUUUUCUUGGUUCUUGUACUUCGCCAUCAAUUUCGGUAUCUGGAACGGCCCUCAGAUCGACUCAUCCGUAGCUUUAAAGACCGCAAGAUGGAUCGGAAAGCUGAGAGACAUACACAAAAAGGAAGGAAAGGUGACGAUUUGGGGAGCUUUGAGUGCUUCAUGGAACCGAGUUUCUACUGAUCCCAAAGACAAGGUGAUGGGUCUACUUGGGCUUCUCAACUUCGAUAGGGCUGCCGCAGAUAUGCCGGAUUAUGGAGUGUCCACCGCGGACAACUACUGCAAACUCUUCUACUUUCUACUCGAGGAGGCAAACGCAUUGAAUCCGUUGGGAUUGAUAUCUGAAAUGCCUGAAGAUAGACAUCCCAGCUUACCGAGCUGGGUGCCUGAUUUUCAGGUUCAUUCAGGAGUUGGCAGCGAUCAUCUGGCGUCCCUAUCAAAGGGCAUUCAUCCUUACGACGCAUCUCUAUCUAAGAGCGACUACGGAUUCCAAAUAAGAAAGGACUUGAAUUCGAAUGGGAGGGUACUAAUAGCUGAAGGCAUUGAAUUUGACCUUGUGGAUGACGUCGGCUGUAGAGCACCAGGUUGGGAGCUUUUGGAAAAUCCACCUCCAGAAGACGAAAGAUGGAAGGAGAUGAUGCAAGAGACGUUAACGGAAUGGCGUUCUAUGGCGAAUGGCACAGAGACGUCGUACCCCACUGGCGAGAAUUACGUGCGUGCGUUUUGGAGAACUGUAUUGGUAGACCUCAAGCAAGGAGAGUUCCCCAGACCAUCUAGUGCGCUCGGUGCCCGGAGGCUCGGGGACGAGGAUCUCGCGUGGGUUAUGAGUCUCGAGACAGGUGCUGCCCUCUGCCGGCUACUACUCACGUGGGAAGACUCUUGUAAGUCAGGGUUUAGACAGCUUCGACUUAUCGAGCAGUUGAACAGAAGGUUUUUCAUAAGCGGCAAGGGGUAUUUUGGGCUUGGCCCGCCGUCACUGCAGGCCGGCGACGCAGUAUGCAUCCUUCGCUCAGGGGCUGUGGCAUACGCCCUUCGGAAACAGAGUAACGAUUGCUGGAAGUAUUUGGGAGAAUGCUACGUCCAUGGUAUUAUGGAUGGUGAAGCUGUUCAGGAAGCCAAAGGCCAGGGGCUUCAUUACACGACAUUCCGUAUUGAAUAG